AUGGCUACUGCUCAAGUGUUAAGGACCGGCCCAGCCGGCCAACCUGAUAUUGGUUAUGCCCCUGAUCUCGACAAGUAUCUCGCACGCGUUGCCCACCGAAAGGCUACCGAAGAGCUCCCAAGUCAGCUUCCAGAAGGGUUUCCCCGCAAAUUAAAGUCGGAGCUAGUAUGGGACGGAAGCACCAUUGGCGACCAGUACAAUUUUGUCUACGAAGUCAACGCAGAAGAGCUUGAGGAGAUUGAAGAUGCGCUAAAACAUUUCAAAUCUCUGGGGAAACCGCUUGGCUUCGUAAACCAAGACACAUUCCCGCUUCCAAAGCUCCACAGCGCUCUGCGCAAUAUCUCCGACGAAGUCCAUAACCGACGUGGCUUCAAGGUCCUUCGAGGUCUGCCGUUCGAUAAACACGACCGCGAGGACAAUAUCAUCAUAUACGCGGGAGUCUCUUCGCACGUCGCUCCAAUCAGGGGACGCCAGGACUACCAGUACCAGGGCAAGCCAGCCGACGUUGUGCUAGCUCACAUUAAAGACCUGAGUUCCGUUGUGGAUGCCAACAAGAUUGGAGCCCCUGCUUAUACGACCGACAAGCAGGUAUUCCAUACCGACUCUGGCGAUGUGAUUGCCUUGGCAUGUCUGGAGACUGCCGCCGAGGGUGGCGAAAGCAAAUUGUCCAGCUCAUGGACAGUGUACAAUGAGCUUGCGAGAACGCGACCAGAUUUGAUCCGGACUCUGGCUGAACCCUGGGCCAGCGAGAAUUUCAGUGGCAGGGGCGACAAGUAUACACUGCGACCAUUGCUUCACUACCAGCCCAAGACCGAGUCUACCCCUGAGAGACUGAUCAUCCAGUACGCGCGGAGGACUUUCACAGGCUAUUGGGGCCUGCCGAGAUCCUCUGACGUGCCACCCAUUACCGAAGCCCAAGCCGAAGCACUCGAUGCUCUGCAUUUCCUCGCCGAGAAGCACGCUGUCUCUCUUGGCUUUCGAAAAGGCGACGUGCAAUAUGCCAACAACUUGAGCAUUUUCCACGCUCGCGACGGAUUCAAGAACACUCCGGAGCAACAACGUCACCUGAUUCGCCUUUGGCUUCGCGAUCCUGAACACGCUUGGCCUACGCCCGAGGCGCUGAAAUCAAGGUGGGCAAUUUAUGACCACGUGAAGCCUGAGAAUUCUGUGUUCCCGCUUGAGCCGACAAUUCGGAGUGCCAGUGGAGGGAGAAGCAAGCCACUCGAGUAG